CACUCGCUGAGGUUGCCUCGUAAGGACGUCUGCAGUCGUCAUAAUGAAAGGUGUUGGCGUGGUUUUGGUGGUGCUGGUGGGAGCUGUUUGUGCUUGGCCGCCUUACAAGUCUUCCUUCAAACUGCCUGUCUUUCCUCAAGGGCAUGCGGCAUCCUUCCAUGCCAGCAGCGCCUCCUCCUCGAGCUCCUCCUCGUCCUCGAGUUCCUCCUCGUCUGCCUCCAGCUUCGCCUCGUCUAAGGCAGGAACUUUCUUCAAGAACUCAUCUGCCAGUGAUGCUGCAGCUUCCGCAGACAGUUCUUCCUCCUCUUCCUCCUCAAAGUUCGUGUUCGGAGACGCUGGAGGACACAUUUUGAACAGUCUUGCUGCUGGUGGAGGCAUUCAUCUCGGGAUCCACGGAGCUGGGGCGGGAUCCUCAAGCCAGAGUUCCUCCUCAGGAGCUCAGGGAAUCGGCGCAGAAUUUGGAUCCACCAGUCACGGUUCUGCUUCGGGGAUUCACAGAGACACUACAGGCUCCGGAUCAGGAAGUCAUGGCUUUGGAGUUGCAAGCCAAGAAUCAGUUGGACAUGGAUCCGGCAACCUGGGUACCUCAGGUUCUUUUGGAUCCGUCACCCAGGAUACCGCAGCAGGCUCUUUCGGAUCCGGUACCCAGGGUGUCUCUGGUGCGGCAUUUGGGUCAUCCAUCCAAGACGAGAAUAAAAUCCAAGAUUCGGCUGCUGGUUUCCAAACAACCACUCAAGAUUCUUCUGGAAAUCGAGAAACUGACGUAGAGUUUGGAUCAACAAUUCAUGGUGCCUCUGGAAUCCAAGAUACUUCAGUUGCGUUUGGAUCUGCAGCAAACGAUGCUUCAGGAAGCAAAAGAACUGAAACCGGUUUUGGAUCCCAAACACUUGAUACGAGUGUAAGCCAAGGUGGUUCUUCUGGCUUUGAGACUGUAGCGUCCGGUGCAUUUGGAAGCCAAGGAUCUUCCACUGGUUUUGAACCUGCAACUUAUGACGCCUCUGGAAACCAAGGAUCUUCAACUGCCUUUCAAUCUGGAGUCCACAGUGCAUCUGGUAGCCAAGAGGUUUCUUCAGGAAUUGGAUCUGGAGCCCAUGGUACAUUUGAAGGCCAGGAGACAUCUGUUGGAUUAGGAUCUGGAACUCAAGGUGCAUCUGGGACACGAGACGUUUCUUCUGGAAUUGGAUCUGGAACCCACGGUGCAUCUGGAACGCAAGAGCCUUCUGUUGCACUUGGAUCUGGAAGUCACGGUACAUCUGGAACCCAAGACGUCUCUUCUGGAAUUGGAUCUGGAGCCCACGGUACAUUUGAAAGCCAAGAGAAAUCUGGUGGAUUUGGAUCUGGAACUCUCGAUGCAUUUGCAACCCAGGAAGCUGCUUCUGGAAUUGGAUCUGCAGCCCACGGAACAUUUGGAAGCCAAGAGACUUCUGUUGGAUUAGGAUCUGGAACUCACGGUGCAUCUGGAAUCCAGGAAACUGCUUCUGGAAUUGGAUCUGGAUCCCACGGAACAUUUGAAAGCCAAGUGAGUACUGUUGGAUUUGGAUCUGAAGCCCACGGUGCAUCUGGAAAGGAAGAGGCUUCUGUAGGAUAUGGAUCUGGAACUCACGGUGCAUCUGGAACCCAUGAUGCCUCUUCUGGAAUUGAAUCUGGAGCCCACGGUGCAUCUGGAACGCAAGAGACUUCUGUCGCAUUUGGAUCUGGAGCCCACGGUGCAUCUCUAAACCAAGACGCUUCUUCAGGAGUUGAGUCUGGAAUACAAGGUGCAUCCGCAGGGCAAGAGUCUUCUGUUGGGUUUCCAUCUGGAACCCAAGAAGUUUCUUCUGGAAUUGAAUCUGGAGCCCACGGAACUUUUGAAAGCCAAGAGACAUCUGGUGGAUUUGGAUCUGAAACUCACGGUGCAUCUGGGACCCAGGAUACUGCUUCUGGAAUUGGAUCUGCAGCCCACGGUACAUUUGAAAGCGAAGUGAGUUCUGUUGGAUUUGGAUCUGGAACCCAAGAAGUUUCUUCUGGAAUUGGAUCUGGAGCUCACGGUACGUUUGAAAGCCAAAAGAAAUCUGGUGGAUUUGGAUCUGGAACUCUCGAUGCAUUUGCAACCCAAGAUGUCUCUUCUGGAAUUGAAUCUGGAGCCCACGGAACAUUUGAAAGCCAAGAGACUUCUGUUGGAUUAGGAUCUGGAACUCACAUUGCAUCUGGAAUCCAGGAAACUGCUUCUGGAAUUGGAUCUGGAUCCCACGGAACAUUCGAGAGCCAAGAGAGUUCUGUUGGAAUUGGAUCUGGAAUUCACGGUGCAUCUGCAACCCAAGACGUCUCUUCUGGAAUUGAAUCUGGAGCCCACGGAGCAUCUGGAAAGCAAGAGACUUCUGUUGUAUUUGGAUCUGGAGCCCACGGUGCAUCUCUAAGCCAAGACGCUUCUUCAGGAGUUGAGUCUGGAAUACAAGGUGCAUCCGCAGGGCAAGAGUCUUCUGCUGGAUUUGCAUCUGGAACCCAAGAAGUUUCUUCUGGAAUUGAAUCUGGAGCCCACGGAACUUUUGAAAUCCAACAGACAGCUGGUGGAUUGGGAUCUGAAACUCACGGUGCAUCUGGGACCCAGGAAGCUGCUUCUGGAAUUGGAUCUGCAGCCCACGGUACAUUUGAAGGCCAACAGACUUCUGUUGGUUUAGGAUCUGGAACUCAUGGUGCAUCUGGAAUCCAGGAAACUGCUUUUGUAAUUGGAUCUGGAGCUCACGGUACGUUUGAAAGCCAAGAGAAAUCUGGUGGAUUUGGAUCUGGAACUCUCGAUGCAUUUGGAACCCAAGAUACCACUUCUGGAAUUGAAUCUGGAUCCCACGGAACAUUUGAAAGCCAAGUGAGUUCUAUUGGAUUUGGAUCUGGAAUUCACGGUGCAUCUGGGACCCAGGAAGCAUCUUCUGGAAUUGGAUCUGGAGCCCACGGUGUAUCUGGAAACCAAGAGGCUUCUAUUGGAUUUGUAUCUGCAGGUCACGGUGCAUCUGGAAGCCAAGAAGGUUCUGAUGGAAUUGGAUCGGUGGUCCAUGGGGCCUCUAGUAUCCAAGAGUCUUCUACUGGAUAUGGAUCUGAAGCCCACGGUUCAUCAGGAAGCCAAGGGUCUUCUUUUGGAUUUGAAUCUAAACCCCACGGUGCAUCAGGAAUUCAAGACGCCUCUGCUGGAUUUGGAUCUGCAGCCAACGGUGCUUCCGAAAGCCAAAAGUUUUCUCUUGGAUUUGGAUCUUCAACCAGCGGUGCAUCUGGACCCCAAGUGGUUUCUGUGGCAUUUGGAUCUGCAACACACGGCGAUUCUAGCGGUGAAAUAUCUACAACAGACAACUCAUCUGGUAGCCACGGUUCGUCCUUUAUUCGCGAAGACUUUUCAAGCUUUGCUUCAGGAAGCCAAGGCUCAGCUGGAGGAUUAUCAACGGGAAUACAAGAUUCUUCUGCAGAGUCAUCGUCCGGUAGCGGGUCUUCCAUAGGCAUCAUCAGUCAAGGUUACAUUCCUCCAUCAGUCAGCCUCAAGCCAUCUGCUUCUAGCUUUGGUGUCAGGGAGUUCAUCUUCAAAGUCAGCAGCAGCAACAAUCCAGUUCAUGCAGGCUCUUGUCCGGACCUACCAAGCGAGUGUGUGCAGACCAAGACGAAGAGGACUUUUGAGAAAUGCACAAACGAUGGUUCUUGUGGUGCCUCUGAGAAAUGCUGCUUCGAUAUCUGCCAGUCCCCCUACUGGGUCUGCAAGCCUGCGGUUACUCAGCCCAUUGCUUGGUGAUCAUCCACUCUCACCCAGCCCCAUGACUGGUGAUCAUCAGCCCUCAUCCAACUCAUCACAUCGUUCCAUCACUAGUUAUUAAGGCUUUCUUACAGGUGUAUACUUGAAUGCUAACUCAUACAUCUCGUAUGUGUUGACAUGUUUCAGUAUUAUUAUAUAGUUAUAAUUUAUACUCAUAACAAUGUAUAAUCUGUGAUUAUUUUGAACCGAGACAAUGAGUUAGCGAGUUAUUAAAUGCAGGAGUUGCAUGCCUUAAUUAUUUAAACAUUGUAGCUGAAGUGACACGCAGAAUGGUUCAGUUAUUUAAGCGCAAUUUAUACCCUUACAUGCUGAGAUAAUACAUUAUAAAAUAAAUGAAA